CAUAAGCGCAGAAGUUCUCAAACACACACACACUCUCUCUCUCUCUAGUUUCUCUCUCAUCUUUCUGUGUGAGCUGAAGAACUUGAGAUAAGACGAUGGCUCUUCAGUUUCAAGCAAACUGGAACGCGUCUUUCAAGCCCUCGACAUGGCCUUCCAAAACCCAUUUUCACAUUCCCAAACCCAUUCAAACCUCGCUCUUCGCGAAGCCCAGAACCUUCUCCAACAUGAAUUCACGCUCAUUCUCCGAGUUCAAACCCACACCCACAGCCACCCACUCUUCCAGAAAGUUCGCGCUUUCUGCCUCUGCCGUCGCCGCCGAAGACACGACCGUUGAUGAUUCCACUGUUGAAGAUACAGAGAAGCUUGGAGUUGUUGUGAAGCCAGUGGCGAAGCCAAGGCUGAUAUUGAAAUUCAUUUGGAUGGAGAAGAACAUUGGAAUUGGGCUUGAUCAAGUGAUACCUGGACAUGGGACCAUCCCUUUAAGUCCCUACUACUUUUGGCCCAGAAAAGACGCUUGGGAAGAGCUCAAGGUUCUACUAGAAAGCAAGCCUUGGAUAUCCCAAAAGCAGAUGAUCAUUCUUCUCAAUCAGGCUACUGACAUUAUCAACUUGUGGCAGCAGAGUGGAGGCAAUUUGUCUUAAUUUACUAUGUAGAAAAUUUGUUCUUUUAUUUAUUAGCAGUUUUCUCUGAUUUUGGAUGAAUUUGAUAUAUUUUCCUAGAGAAUUGCUUGGCAGGAUUUUCUUGAUGAUAAAUUUGUAUCCAUAGAUGUAUUAAACUUUGUUGUUUUAUCAAUUGACUCUGAAUUCCUUUUGCUCUGUAA